AGGGGAGUCGAGCGGAGUCGAGUCGAGUCGAGUCGAGUCGCAAGUCACCUCCGCUCACCUCACGGCGUGCUCGACUUCAGUCCGCGCUCGAGUCGUGCACCACGGAACACGCGAGAGUCAGCCGGGGCCGGCUGCCGCGACCGAGUUGGACGCACGCGCCCGAGCCAUCGAUAGAGAUCAACGAUAGACAGGACCGCACGUUUCGACCUGGAUCACGUUGUCCGUAGAUCGAUCGUGAAAUUAGAACGGUUAGGAAACUCCAAUAGCAAACUUUAAUUACAUCGGGGUACGCGCUAGAUAGAUCCAAAGGGACAAAAUAGACAAGUUUUUCGUCGAGUUUCGUCAGGAUUCUCUAUGGAGGUACUGGAGGCAGGAGUGGUGGCGUGAAUCUCGUGACAACCGGCUAAAUCGACGCACAACGCGCUCGAAAUCACUAACGCCGUUGUAUUAUGUCACACUCCCACGCGAGCGACGGCCGCCGCAGCCGGUGCGACGGUGAACCGAGCCAACGUCGUCGUCGUUUGACAUUUCCACGAGCGUGGAGAGGUUAACGCGAACCCGGGUGUUCGUGGCACCGUUCAUACCGCUACUUUGUGCACGCAUCGAGCCAGUGUUAUGCUACGUCGCGAUCAUAUCGUCAUCUUUGUCAUCGCCGUCGUCGUCAUUGUCGUCAUCGUGAUCAUGGUCGCCGGGUGACGAACCAGCCUCGAACUCGUGAUACAGGAGCGUGCAAUUCGAUGAGAAGAUUCUCGUAUCAUCGGAUCUCAGUGACUUCUCUGGUGACUUAUUGCUCGCGAAUAGAAGAACGUCCUGGUGUUUCGUUUACGCCGCCGUGUACGUGAGUAAAUACGUACGAGCGCGUGACACGCAUGGCUGUCGAUCGUAAGUACUCACCGAUCGCUUCGUGAAAUCGUGAAAGAGAUCGUCGAUGUUGGACACGGUAACCAAAAGAUAAGACUUCGUUGGUGUUCCUUUCGAACCAAGACAGUGGAGUUCUUCGAGGCACCGGUGCGGGAUUGGAAGAUUCUAACGUAAAUCGACGAGGUUAAACAACGUAUAUCAUACAGGGAGCAUCGAGGAAACUAUAAGCAGAAGCCUGCAUCAGAAGAAAGAGCGGGGAAGAUCGUCGUUUUGGAUCUUUCUUUGUCGUCGAUGAUUGCGAUUUGAGUGCAAUGUUUAGAGUCUCGAGAUGGGAAAUGGACGAUAAUCACGCGAGUGCAUCUCGUUGCGACUUACGUUGUUCAGAUUCGCUUGUAAUCGACGAGACGAGGAAGUGAAUCGAGUACAUGUACGGUAUUCAAGUAAGAAACGGAGGACCAAAAAGAGGAUAGUGUCAUAACGCGUGUGAAAUGGAUGGUACGCCAAAGAAAAUCGAAGCAGUGUUAAUAUAUGGAUGCCCAUGGGUGGAAUUUGGCCGAAAUGUGCCAGCGCUACCAUCACGCUGUACCAGCAGCCCAAAAUUCUUCGCCAGCUAGGGAUCCCUCAGCUGCCAUCGUGCAAGGCUUGUCAACGGCUACGCACAUCGAGCAGGCCAGCCCUUCUUAUUCCCAUUACACGAUGCUGGAUAAUUAUGACAGGGGUGAGGUGACACCACCACCGGUCAGCAGUUAUGGCGGAUCCCCUGGACUCUUGGCACUUCAUUCCUCGCUUUAUGCGACUCCUACGUCGAGGGCCUACGACAUCGAGUCGAACAUCGACGGCAACGACAGUUCCAUGCCCAUUGACACCCAAAUCAUUUCGAUACCAGGAAUGUUGAGCGGUCCAGUGCAACAGCGACUCGAGGACAUGUCCUGGCUGGCUUCCGGUCCGUCGCUGGAGUAUCAACAAGGCAUCUCGCCGAUUCCCGCGGGAGUGAAGAUGUGCCAUCCAGGCAGCACGGCCCAGAGGAGCCUGAAGGAGCAACGGAUACGUCGCCCGAUGAACGCGUUCAUGGUCUGGGCAAAGGUCGAGCGCAAGAAAUUGGCCGACGAGAAUCCUGAUCUCCACAACGCCGAUCUCAGCAAGAUGCUCGGGAAGAAAUGGCGAGGGUUGACCCCGCAGGACAGAAGGCCGUACGUGGAGGAAGCCGAGAGACUGAGGGUCAUACACAUGCAGGAACAUCCGAACUACAAGUACAGGCCACGGCGUAGGAAACACGCGAAACGGGCCCCAGGGGCGCCGUCCUCUCCUCCGUCCGCGACCAACACCACGGUCAAUAGGUCCAACCCCUCUGGUACCACGAUUCAUCAUUCCAUGUCCAAGAUGGACAGUUAUCAAGGCAUUCCUCAGAUCCCGUGGGGCGGACAUUCCCCGAUCUCAUCCCUGUAUCACCAGCAGCAGCAGCAAGGUAUUCAGGAGUACAAAUCGGAGAGCAAUUCCUUGUACGGUAGUCCUUAUACGCCUAUCAUUCACACACCGGACAUAUCUCCAGUUGCCAGUCCCGAGCCAGAUGGUGACGGAACGCAUUUGCCAUCCAAUCAAAAUCCAGAUCCUGAACGUGAUCUGAUGGAGGGUUCGUCGAAGCAGCACGGCGAAAUGAACGAGCAAACGAAACGGUACACUUUCAUGAGUACCGAUAAUCAGCUGCACACGGGUCAUGCUGGUGGUACUAGCAUAUCGUCGUGUCAGAAUUCUGGUGCUUACACAGAUACUCUGACUUACAAAAAAUCGGUGAGUUACUUAAAUUUCGAGAGACAGCCGUCGAGUAUAGCCGCGGUUGGUAUAGCGAACGGAAUGAUGGUAUCGUGCAAUAAAUUGCGCUCUGGAUUUGAAAAUGUUGGCUCUGUGACGGGGACUUUUUAUCCGCCAGUCGCAUCCCCGCACGAUCAAUCGUUGCAGCACUACACAAACACCCAAUCCUCGAAGACUGCCAACUAUUCGAUGCAGUCCACUGUCGAGAACAACUAUAAUCCUGUUCAGUGUGCCAAUCGACAACAGUCCAUGGGGAUUCGCGGAGCCGCUGAAGGUUGUUCCGGUGUAUCCCACCGGUACCAAAUGAGUCAUCACCAGGAGUACCAAACGGAGGGAACCAGCGCUGGCCAACAGCAUCCGAUUCUGGGUCACAUGGAGGCAGCGAUGGCCACCACCGCCGAAGAAGAACAGCAACAGACGUUACAGUUGGAGAAGUAUUUCAAAUACUCACAUCCGACCAACGUGACGCAUACCAGCCUCACCUCUCAGAAUCUCCUUGACAGCAAUCACAAUUACGCCAGUGAUCUUCGUUACUACACGCCCCAGCAGACGCAGCUGGACAUGUCGAACUCUCAGUGCAUCGUCGACGAUCAAGCCAAGGAUGCUCGAUGCUCGAACGUGGCCAUAGGCCACGCGAUGGAGCAGUACCAUCAGGCCAUGGAUGUGGCCAAGUAUUCGGAACACCAACAGCAACAACAGCAGCAGCAGCAGCAACAACAACAACCGCAACAGGCUCAACAGGGUCAGCAAUCGCAGAGUAUCGAGCAUGUUUCGAAGGCGGACGACGAUUUCAGUGUAAUACUUGCCGACGUACGCAAGACUUGUUACAGUAGCUAGUGUUUCAGCUAGAUCAGAGCUGUCUGUAGGAAAACACUGAGGAACUUGGUGUUCCUUGUUUCUGCAUUGAUUUCUUGCGGUCGAGUGUUGUAGGCCUAAUCUUUAAUGUAAAGAAAUCGAAUUGUUUGGUUCUUGGUAUAGUAAACAUUGCAAACAUUGAUUACUCAAGGCUGAUGAACCUUAAUACUUAACUAGAGGUGUAAAGAUGUAUUAACCUUUUGUCGUCAAAUAUUGUCGCAGUGGAUACAUUUAAAAUUUGUCGAGUAAAAUUUGUCUUCAAAGCCCGAUGGCUCCGCUAUGACAAUGGUAAACAUUUAUUGCUCCGAUUAGUUGGUAACGCUCCAGAAAAAUGUGAAGAGCGUAAAGGAUUAACAUGCGGAUGACGCUACGUUGGCGCCACAGCCUGCUUGCUUCCGAAGACAGAUGACACAGUGACACCAUAUUAAUGUCAUUAGCAUCAACGAAGCAGAAAAUUUCAGUCACAUUGAGCGACCACCACUUCGCUGCUACAGACAAUAUGUGAAACACAUUUAUAUGUAAUACAUAAUGUAGUAAAUAUCUAAAUUCAACUAUAAAGGUAAGAGAAAUGUGAUAUGUUUAAAGAAAAAGGGAAUAUCCUUGAGUACUUAAUAUUUGUUGUUUCUACUAUAGUGAAAGAAGUCCCUCCCAUAGACAGCUCUGUCCUAGAUAAUCAUUUUGAUAUGGGCGAUCUAGCCCUUAUGGCUGCAGAGAAGAGUUAGGUGCUGACGUUUUUAAAGAAUCCGGUGCUUAUACACAUUUCUGUACACAUUUCCGGUGCUAAUGCUCUUGAUCAGGAGGUGUGGUUGCAAGAUAACAAAGAAUUGAUGAUAGAUUAUUGUUUCUUGUUGUUUGAAAUAGCUAUUUUAUUUACUCUUUUUAGCUUUUUGCACUUGAAUGAAUAAUAACAAACAUCAUGCAAAAUAGGUAUACUAAAAUAUAUGUGCAUGUUUAGUUUCUCUUUAAUUCAAGGGUGAUUUCAAAAAAUAUAAUAAAUUAUUGCCAAUGAUGACAUCCCCAAAUAUAUUUUAUAUAUAAUUAUUAUAUAAUUAUUAUUAUAUGAUUAUAUAUAAUUAUACAUUAUUUUAUAUAUAAAAUAUAUUUGGGGAUAUCUUUUUAAUAAUUACAUAAUUAUUUUCCCUAAUCUCCAUAUAAAUAGAAGUUAAUUAUCAUUUCUUACCCUAACAAAUUCAUUGGUCAAUUUAACCAACGACUUGAAUAAAAGUUGUUUACGACAUUCCUAAUUAAAUAAGAACUGGGACUAUCGUCAAGUGCAAAAAGUUAAUCUCGUCGAAAGAAAUUCAUGGUGACACACUUACCGCGUUAUAUUCUUUGAAAAGAAAGUGAAACGAACAUAGGGCGUGAUAAUUUAACGGGUCCCUGGUAGAAACAAUUGUGCUCAUCAGUUAACAGUUAUUUAUUACAGACAAUUCUCGACGUUCGUCAGCAUGUCUAACUUAAGGUGAUGAAAAUACAGUAGAGUAGCAUCCUAAACUCUGACGCAUAACAAUUUGGUGAGCUAUAACGCAACGUGUUAAAACUGAAAAAUACAAUUUUUUACCAAUGCUAUUGCAACCACACCUCGUAAUCUUUUUUACUCGUUUUGACAGAGCGAUAAAAAUCGAAUCUCUUCGAACUUCGAAAAACUUAAUGCGCGAAGUAUUUGCACGUAAUGACGGUCGAGACAUAAAGAAAUCAAGACAUACAAGAUUUCCUCAAUGUCCAGAAACGUUAUUACGGUUGUAGAAAUGUCUUGUUUAUUUAAUUUAUAAGAUCAAUUGAUCGAAAUGACAAUGUUCGGUGACAGAAUCGUUGAAAGCAACGGCGUUAUUGUUGAACUAUUUUUAUCCACCUAUGCACUCAUGGUACAGUAUAGCACUGUAUAUUUAGAGCAUACAUGCAUAUUUCCGCGUCGAAAAUAGAUCGAAUAAUUUUCCGUAACGAAUUAAACGACGUAUUAGUUUCUCGUAACGAUCGAUGCUUGACGGCGGUCUACUUAACAACAAAAAUAAGCUACAUCCUUUCUUACAUAUUCAUCGUGAUGUUUACGAAAACGACGUUUAUUUCUAGCGUAACGAUUUAGACAUCUUAUUUAUGAUGCACAUUUCAAAAUUCAGAUACUUAAUGUAAAUGGAAAAUAUAUAUAUAGAUAUAUAUGUUUUUAUGGCGAUAAUGUAAAAUCUUCUGUGAGAAAUACUUAUUUAAAAGAAAAAAAAGACGAUAUUAAUCGAAGUACCUUGUUUAAAAUAAGUGUACGAACUUUUCUUAAGCCUCCUCGUUGGCUAUUUUAUAUGUGUAUAAGCACGAUCUCCUUAUUUUCCUCUCUUUCAGAUGACUGAUCGAAAUUCUCGUUGUAAAUGUAGCAUAAACGUAGCAGAACGAACGUUUCUUUUUUUGUCCCUUUUUUUACUCACGUAAGCUUCUACUUUCAUAGUCUUUAAUACUCUAUGUAGCAUACGAUGAUACCUAUAUGUAACGUGGCAAUAAACGUGGAUAUUUUAUCGUUCGAUCCUCGAUUUUGAAUACACUUGCGUAAACGACAUAUGGAAUUUAGGUAAUGAGUGUAAAGAAGAGGAGGAGAACUAAAUUAUUAUGAUUACUGUAUCGUACUUAAUAGAGACAAUUAUCAACAACAUUCAUGGUUUCUCGUGUAUUUUUCGACCACUCAUUAUCAAAUUAACUCAUUUCGCUAGUGAUACAUCGUUGGAGAUUGAAACAAACAAACAUAUAAAAUACAAAAUUGAGAAUGUA